AUGCGCCUCUCAGAUGCAGCUCUUCCGCGACCGCCCGUCUCCCGCACCUUGUCCAAACCCACUGGUCAACGACAUCGCCGAGACCUGAAUAACAAGGAUUUAACAUUGAUCAUAAUUGUAGCCUUCAUCGCACUGUUUGCACUAUUAUCAGUCCUCUUUGUCGCUUUCUUCAGAGCACGCCGCCGGCGGCCAGAUGAUCAAGCCGCUGGAGCAAGCGGGCGGUGGCCAGUUCUCCAUCUAUUCGGGCGCAAACCAUUUGGCCAUGCAAGAUACCAACAAGCUCGUGGCGAAAAUCUUGACGGCGAAGCUCACAUUCACCAGCUCGAACCAACAGCGGUGUCUAUCAAUCAUGUCAAUACCCUUCGAGAUCCACGACUUUUGGGGAGUACAAUGACAUGGGCGACUCAAACUGCGGCUUCUGUUGACCGAAACACCUCUAUUCGUUCUGUGAUGACAUUACCUGCGUACCGUGCCACUGCCGCAAAUAAUGAGCAGGUUCUCGGGAGAGAGGGUGAUAGGGAUGGUGUUGACGUUAUCGUCGAUCUCCCUACUGCCGAGGAGGAGGAAGCUUUACGAGACGAGGAAAUGGAAGCAAUAUAUCAAAUACGAGUUACCAGACGAGAACAGAUCGCAGUGCAUAAUGAGUUGAGACGACAACGCCGCGAGGCUCGGCAGCGGGGUGACAGUAAUGCCUUGGCAAAUAUCAGGGCUCGCUCUCGCGCUACCAACAAUAAUAAUAACAUUGACGAGCUCCGCCAAGAAUUGAGCCGUAUACAAGACCAGCGACAGAGAUCUGUUUCCAGCGUUUCAUAUGCAGAUUUGGGUGUUGCGCGACACGACGGGACUCGGAUCAGGGCUAAUAGCAACGAGAGCGAAUGUGCUGGACUACUUUCCGAUGCUGCCAGCAUCGCGCUUUCAACCCGUUCUGAGCUUGGUUCAUCACCAGGUCUGCAUCGCCGAGAACGGAGCACAAGCUCUCUGAGUAGUAUCGAUAGCGAAUUUAACCCGGGAUCCUCCAGGACGCGGGACUAUUCAAGAUCUACAACACCAAGGUUGCCGAGUGUAGAGCCUGAGGCUGGAUUCGGGCCGGAGCCUGUGGAGGGUCGUUCUGGAGUGGAACCAAUUUUUCCUCCAGAGUAUGAGAACGUAUCCCUCGGAGAAGAUCAUGCCGGGGCAAUUGCAAGAUCGAUGACCCCUCCGCCACCGGAUUAUUCGGGAACAAGCGAACAGACACCACAGACUGAACAAACAAUCACAGAACCUGCUCAUGCAACUCCCCAGGAAGAUUGGGCAUUUUCUCCGUUCCGUACACCGAGAGGGGUUGGUGGCGUACCUCAAUUACCCAGCUUGCGCAUAUCUAGGCUCCCGGCGAUUGUUAUCCAGCCACUAAACGAAGAGUCUCGUGAUGGUAAUGCAUUAUGA